CCCCCCCCCCCCCGGCCAUCUAACCUAGACGCCCCUCCUCACCUCGAACGCCAUAUAUACCAAACACAACGAUGUCGUCGGACACACCUACGAAGCUGGUGAGGGAGAAGCAGAACGAGGGCCGCCUCCUCCUUGUCUCCAACCGUCUGCCCAUCACCAUCAAACGCGCAGAUGAGGGCAAGUACGAGAUGUCCAUGUCCUCGGGAGGACUGGUCAGUGGUCUGAGUGGUCUGUCAAAAACCACCACUUUCCAGUGGUAUGGUUGGCCCGGCCUAGAAGUCCCAGACGAUGAGGUUACAGGCCUCAAGGAUCAGCUUAAGAGCGAGUACAACGCUGUACCCAUCAUGCUCGACGACGAGCUCGCAGACCGUCACUACAACGGCUUCUCAAACGCCAUCAUGUGGCCGCUCUUCCACUACCACCCCGGUGAGAUCACCUUCGACGAGUCGGCAUGGGAGGGAUACACCGAGGCCAAUCGCUUGUUUGCAAAGGCUGUAGCAAAGGACGUUCAGGACAACGAUAUGGUCUGGGUCCAUGACUACCACCUGAUGCUUAUGCCUGCCAUGCUGCGCGAAGAGAUCGGUAACACUAAGAAGAACGUCAAGAUUGGCUUCUUCCUCCACACACCCUUCCCCUCUUCCGAGAUCUACCGCAUUCUUCCCGUCCGUAAUGAGAUCCUGCUUGGUGUACUCCACUGCGACUUGAUUGGGUUCCACACAUACGACUACGCUCGUCACUUCCUGAGCAGUUGCUCGCGUAUACUGGGUCUUGCUACAACACCGAACGGUGUCGAGUUCCAGGGCAAGGUCGUUACGGUCGGCGCUUUCCCUAUCGGUAUCGACCCCGAGAAGUUCGACGAGGGCCUGCAGAAGCCCAAGGUCCAGGAGCGUAUCGCAGCGCUUGAGAAGAAGUUUCAAGGCGUCAAGCUCAUUGUCGGUGUUGACCGUCUGGAUUACAUCAAGGGUGUACCGCAGAAGCUGCAUGCUCUUGAAGUCUUCCUCACCGAGCACCCUGAGUGGAUCGGCAAGGUCGUCCUCGUACAAGUCGCCGUUCCCUCUCGACAAGACGUCGAGGAGUACCAGAACCUCCGCGCCGUCGUCAACGAGUUGGUCGGCCGCAUCAACGGCAAGUUCGGCACCGUCGAGUUCAUGCCGAUUCACUUCAUGCACAAGUCGGUCUCAUUCGACGAGCUGAUCGCUCUCUACUCCGUUUCCGAUGUCUGCCUUGUUUCCUCGACAAGAGACGGCAUGAACUUGGUGUCCUACGAGUACAUUGCAACACAAGAGAAGCGCCACGGCGUCAUGAUCUUGUCCGAGUUCACCGGUGCCGCACAGAGCUUGAACGGCAGCUUGAUCGUCAACCCCUGGAACACAGAGGAACUGGCCGAUUCCAUCCACGACGCCGUCACCAUGGGCGACGAGCAGCGCAAUCUCAACUACCAGAAGCUGUCGAAGUACGUCAGGAAGUACACCAGUGCCUGGUGGGGCGAGUCGUUCGUCAAUGAGCUUAGGAGAAUCUCGCAAACCGCCGAUCGCAAGGUGCGCUUCAACACACCCAAGGUCGAGGACACCUCCGCCGUUCAGGACGACAUGGCAGAGACUGCCAAUGUCAAGGAGGACACCGUUCCCACAAAAGACAAGGAGUCCGACCCGGCGACAGCGGUCGAGACACACGACGAGAACAAGCAGGAUCUGCUUAUGCGCACCAAGGAGUCUGAGUCGUGAUCGUCAUUUGUCGAACCGAUUGUUCCCUCCUUAGCAUUAGACUGAUAUCCCCUUCUUCUCUUUCACGAUUGUCAUGACAUAGCAUAUGGUGGUCUUGUAUUGGUGAACGACCUCGUAGCACGCUUAGGCUUCUCACUGUCGCAGCAAACAGAACUCAUCAGUGAACUAUACCCUCUCAAUUUAACGUUCCUCCUGCAACAUGCUUUCACUACUCCAUUCCUGAAGUCAACACCAUAGAUACCGAAACACCGAUUAUUGUUUUCUCCACGCAAACAGAAGAAAGCAUGGGAAGAGAACAGAUAAUAAUUGUUAUACUAGCAAAGAUGAGCUAACAAUGCAGAAUGUAAACCAAAAUCAAGCGGACAUAUACAGGAAGACUUCUAAGUAUGCAUUGUAGUCGUAAUCUACGUAUUGAGGGGUAUGUGACAGCAAUAUAUAAG